AUGGACCGUCAGCCAGUUACUUACCAACAUAUCAUAGCACGGCUUGAAGAGGAUCUCAUCCGUGACCAGCCGCCCGACGUUAUUCAAUUCUGUGCCGAUUACUUCGCGAGGUUGCUUGCCACCCAACGCGCUUCUCGCCCAUCGUCCUUGAACCGAGGCCAAUUACUACCAUCGACCACCGCCACAGUCUUUACCUCGACUUCUUUGCUCCCCGAAACCUUAUACCAGCCCACUCGACGCUUCGUAAGGAAGGUAGCUCUUGAUUCAGUUCGGUUUGUGAGAGAACCGCAAGAAUCCAGGUUACGACAGUCAGAUCAACCCGACGUUGCGCGAGAGCAGCUCCAUCGCAAGAUUGCUUCCUGCCACAGCAUGUCGGCCCCGUUUGCGUCCGGCGUGAACCCUUUCGCCGGAGGGGAGGGCUCAAAGCCAACAGUAAGCAGUCCAGGAAUGCAGCGGGUCGUAGAGGAGGAUGAGGAUGACACUGGCGCCUCGUCCGCGACGCCAAGUUUCGGGCACGGCGGUGCCUCUCUAUUCAGCACACCUUUCAACACGGACAGCAGCGCCGACACGUUAGGACCCGAAUUUAGGCAUAUGCCCAACCCUGAAUCAUACCCUGCUCAGUACAAUUUCGCCCGACGGACGUCUGUCUCGGCCGAGUCUCUGAAACCUAGCGCCGAUACCGACGACAACUGGUCCCCUCCUAACCACCAAAAGACUCCAGAGCAGCUUGAGCGCCUCCAGAACGCUUUGAAGGACAACUUUCUCUUCGCUCAUCUAGACGAGGAACAAUAUUCCCAGGUUCUUGGAGCCUUGGUCGAGAAACCGAUUCCUGCAAAGGACAUCAGAGUUAUUGUGCAAGGCGAUGUUGGUGACUACUUUUAUAUUGUAGAAAAGGGAAUUUUCGAAGUUUAUGUGCAUCCAUCCGGAAGUGUUCAACCUGGACCUUCGGGACUGGGCGACCACGUUGGCACAAUCAAGGCCGGCGGCUCUUUUGGAGAGUUAGCCCUCAUGUACAACGCCCCCCGUGCAGCGACCAUUGUCUCGGCGUCACCGGCAUCGACGCUUUGGGCUCUUGACCGUGUCACAUUUCGCAAGAUCUUGUUGGAAUCGUCUUUUGCCAGGAGACGCAUGUAUGAGCACUUUCUCGCCGAGGUCCCGCUACUCUCAUCACUUACACCUUACGAGCGGUCCAAGAUUGCCGAUGCUCUUGAAUCCUCCAAGUUCGCCGCCGGAGAAUCCAUCAUCAGGGAAGGCGAUCAAGGAUCUACUUUCUAUCUCAUGGUCAGCGGGCAGGCCGACGCGUACAAGUCUAACGAGGAGGGUGUAGUUAAGCACUACGAAAAAGGCGACUUCUUCGGUGAGCUUGCGCUGCUUAACGAUAAACCGCGAGCCGCCACCGUCAUCGCAACAACAGAUGUCAAGGUUGCCGUCCUUGGCAAAUCUGCAUUCCAGAGAAUGCUAGGUCCUGUCGAGAGCAUUAUGAGGAGGACUAAGUACGUUGGUGUCAAGUCUGGGGUGGAAGAGAUGGACCCUCUACAAAAGGAUUAA